CAUAAUGGAGAUGUCUGUUUUAUACUAUUCAAUAACUAUUGUUUUUGUCCUGUGGUGGACAUGGAAAACUGUAAUGUGGGUUUGGCUAAAACCUAAGAUGUUGGAGUGUUUCUUGAGAGGACAGGGUCUACCUGGAACUCCUUACACGCCUCUUGUCGGAGAUUUGAGGAAUUUCAGAGUUUUAUUGAAGGCAAGAUCCAAACCCAUCAAUCUAACAGAUGAUAUCAUCCCACGUGUCAUGCCUGUAACCUUAAACAUGCUCCAAACUCACGGAAGGACUUUCUUCACAUGGCUUGGUCCUAUACCAAUCAUUACAAUAAUGAAUCCAGAGCAGAUCAAACAAGUUUUCAACAGAGUUUAUGAUUUUCAGAAGCCGCAUGCACUCCCACUGGCUAGACUGAUAGCUACUGGACUGGUUUUCUCUGAUGGAGAUAAAUGGGCUAAACACCGGAGAAUCAUUAACCCCGCUUUCCACUGUGAGAAGAUAAAGAAUAUGGUACCUGCCUUCCACCAGAGCUGUAUCGAGGUUGUGAACGAAUGGGAGAAGUUAGUCUCUGAUAAAGGGUCUUCGUGUGAGGUUGAUGUUUGGCCAUGGCUAGUUAGUCUUUCUGCGGAUGGGAUCUCUCGUACUGCUUUUGGUAGCAGUUAUAAACAAGGGAAGAGGAUAUUUCAGCUUCAAGCGGAACUAGCACAACUCAUUAUACUAUCUGUUCAAACAACUUACAUCCCUGGAUGGCAGUAUCUCCCAACGAAGAGUAACAGAAGGAUUAGAGCAAUAGACAGAGAGAUCCAAGCUACCUUGAGAUGGAUUAUUAGUAAACGGGAAAGGGAGAGAGAAGUUGGGGAAGCACCAAAUGAUGAUUUGUUGAGUAUCCUUCUUGAAUCAAAUGCAGGUCAAGCUCAAGGAGAUGGAAUGAGCAUUGAAGAUGUGAUGGAGGAGUGUAAGCUGUUUUAUAUAGCCGGGCAAGAGACAACUUCAGUACUUUUGGUUUGGACCAUGGUUCUGUUAAGCCAACACCAUGACUGGCAGGUUCGUGUACGAGAAGAAGUGAAGCAAGUAUUUGGCGAUAAAGAACCUGAUGCGGAAGGGCUUAACCAGCUCAAAGUUAUGGCAAUGAUAUUUAAUGAGGUCCUUAGGCUAUAUCCUCCAGUAAUCCAGCUGAACCGAGCCAUCCACAAAGAGACGAAGCUAGGGGAUCUGACACUACCAAGUGGUGUUCAGAUCAAUCUGCCUCUUCUACUAGUCCAACGAGACACUGAGCUGUGGGGAAACGAUGCAGCAGAGUUUAAGCCGGAGAGAUUCAAAGACGGUCUCUCAAAAGCAAGAAAGAGCUUCUUUCCCUUUGGAUGGGGACCAAGGAUCUGCAUCGGCCAGAAGUUUGCUAUGAUGGAGGCAAAGAUGGCAAUGGCUUUGAUUCUGAAGAGAUUCUCCUUCGAGCUUUCUCCUUGUUAUGUUCACGCACCUUACACAGUCAUCACCAUUCACCCACAGUUUGGCGCUCAUCUUAUCUUGCACACGCUCUAAAUACCAUAAACCUUGAUGCGAAUCUGUAAUGUUUUCGAAUGAUAAACUUGUUAUACGUAGAAACAAUUCAUGAUCACGACUUGAUGAUAAUAAUUUGUUAAAAAAUCUAUCGACCA